GAAAAAAAUGGAAUAUACGUUGCAAGAUGCUUUCGAAGCUCUAAAAGAAACCCAGAUGGAGCGACAAAAAGAAAUAGAAGACACGAUGAAUGUAAUCUCAAACAAUUACGAACAAGUUGCUUUGAAUAAAACUUGUAAUCCAGAAGAUGUAAGAAAGAAGCAACACAAAUUGUGUAACAGUUUAUUUAGUAAAAUUAUUUUAGAAGAACCAAAAGAUUAUCCCAUUCCUAAAACGUCUGAUUUGCACGUUGAAGUCUUAACAGAACUUGAAAAGGAAGUUCAAAAUGCUCACCAACUUUUUGAGAAAAUGAAGACGCAACUUUCGGAUAUUAAAAACGAUAUAUCUUACUUGCAAAACAAAAGAAUGGGUUUGGAGAAGAUGAAAGAAGCCUACUUAGGUGCAAACGAACUGACGGCCAAUACAACCUAUAAUACGGAACAUGUUAUAGCGAAACGCAUGUUUCGAACUGUAAAAAGAGAUUUGCAUGCAGUAGUAGAAAAGUUAUUCCCAGAAAAUCAGAAUUUCAAAGAGUUUUUAGGGGAGUUGACAACAUCAUACACAAGAGGUGGUAAUGAUCUGUAUGUAGAUGUUACACCGGAAACUCUGGAUUUUGUAAACUUCCUGAUCGAAGCUGACAUUAUUAUGUAUCAUAGAAAUGAUAAAACUAAAGUUAGAUUAAUGGAUAUGUUAUAGGUAUAUAAUAUGUACUAUAAAUUCUAUAUUUUUAAAAUAA